AUGGUCAAAAUUGCCGAAAUUGUGACAGAAAGAGAAGAUGAAUGGAAUCCACGCUGUCUGUUUUCUGCCGAAGAUCUGCGGAAUGCAAUCUCUGAACUUGUCCUUGCUAGCGCAGAUGAAUAUCCUCGACCUGAUACUUGUCUUGGAGACCUGUCAUCAAUCGCUAAGAUACAAGCGCCUGAUCGUCGGCCAAGCUCAGUAUGCGACACAGAGUUGUCUGUUUAUCAUCAGCUUUAUCCAACAAGUGAGCAAAUAAAGAUCUUCGCGGAUGUAAAAUACUUCUUCGCCAUCGCGUGUGGUGGAGGUCUCUGUGACGAGGGACGGGCUAGGGCGGUAGCUGAAGCAGCGAAUGAUAUUCUGAUUGCCGAUUAUUGUGAGGCAGCAGACCCGAGCUCUCUGAAACGGCUACAGCAAGUGGGCGGGGCGGCUACGGCAUUCCUGAAGCUGUGUCACCUCGCCGGCGUUGUUACUGAUUGGCAGUUUAACAAUACCGUGGCUAUCAUUAUUCAAUUUCGCACUCUUGGGUACUAUCGUGGUCACUCUCGCCCACUCUUACCCAGUGGCGUAUACGGGAGUCGCAUGACAAGCUUACUCGCACCUCGUCAUAUUGACCUUGCCAUCUAUAUUGGUGUCAUGGUAGCGUCUCUUGGCACUGGGGAGGAAAUCACCAGGGACCAAUAUGAACUCCUCGUCGAGGCAUGCUGUUUCAUUAACGAUCUGAUUGACUUCCGAAGUGACACAAUGCGGAAGGUGAGGGAGAAUGUCAUUCUCAGGGGCAUCCGAGGCAACUUUUGCGAGCAUAUGGAUGGCUUGAUAUCGUCCUGUCUGCGCUUAUCAGCCAACGCCAUCCGAUCUAGCCGCGUCAGUGCUCUCGUGGUCAUGGGAUAA